GUGCAGGAGGUUCUUUGUAACUUCCUGGACCCGUCAGUAUGGCUCACAGAAAAUUAGUGUCAUCUGCUUUGGCUAUGGCAGGAAAGCCGGCACGUUAAAAGCGUUUGUCCUCCGUCACAGAGACGGAUCUCUUUGGUUUGCGACAGCCCGUGUGAUCUGAUCCAAGCUUCGAGUGCGGAUGGCGACUUCCCAGGGCCCCACCAUCCUCUGGAGCCCGAUGGUGAUUGUGGAGGCUGCGGGUGGAGCCCUGCCCCAGGUUUCCCAGUAUUCAGUGAAACCUGCCAACCAGGAAGAGGGCUGCGUGUCCUUUGAGGAUGUGGCUGUGUAUUUCUCCUGGGAGGAAUGGACACUGCUUGAUGACUCUCAAAGGCUCCUGUACCAGACUGUGAUGACGGAGAUCUUCACACUGGUGUCCACACUGAGACUUGAACUUUCUGGGAUUCAUGAUUCAACUCAGGUGGAGUCUUGUGGAGAUCUUUCUGUGCCUGCACUAAGAUUCCUGACUCCAUGUUUAUGGACAGGUUGUUGGAUCAAAGUGGAGAGUGAAACAUCCCCCUUUAAUCAGAGCCUGUCCACACAAGGAGGUGUCAGUUCAUCCACGCUGCAACAGCACAUGCUGUGCUGUGCUGAGACACCCUUGCUAAGCACAGACAAUGUGACGAUCCUCCAGACCUCCUCGGGUCUUCUCAGGCAUCAAGUGACUUCCAGUAGUGGGGACACCCCCACGAACACUGAGAGUGGAGAGACCAUUCAGAGUGAGAAGAAGAACUGCAAAUGUACUUACUGUGGCAAGAUCUUUACCAGUAUAUCCCACCUCAAUCGGCACUGGAAGAUACACACUGGAGAAAAGCCUUUUCAGUGCAGUGAGUGUGGGAAGUCCUUUAGCCAAAAAGCCUUUCUCAUUAAGCAUUUCAGAAUGCACACUGGAGAGAAACCUUAUAGGUGCAGUGAGUGUGGCAAAGCCUUCAAGCAUAAUAUCUCCCUUAUUUCUCAUCAGGGACUCCACACAGGAGAAAUGCCUUUUAAGUGCACUGAAUGUGGGAAAUCGUACAGGAGCAGAGAAGGCCUUAAGGUCCAUUAUCGAUUUCAUACUGGUGAAAUGCCCUUUGAGUGUAGUGAAUGUGGCAAAUCGUACAGGAGCAGAGAGGGCCUUCUGAAUCAUUUCUACAGUCAUACUGCGGAGAAGCCUUUCAGCUGCGGUGAAUGUGGCAUGUAUUUCACCCAAAACUCCGAGCUCAUUGAACAUCUAACAGUUCACGGCAAGCCUUUCAAGUGCAAUGAAUGUGGACGAGUCUUCAAUUCCAGCUACAACUUCAUUAGACACAUGAAAGUGCACAUUGUAGCAAAGCAGUAUGCAUGCAGGGAGUGUGACAAGGUGUACUGCAGUAGCUCUAGCCUGUACAAACACCGGAAGAUUCACGCUAGAUAAACCCAUAGGAGAGCCACGAGGGGAAAAAGUCCCUUAGUCAUCUCCUUGAACACCUGAAAUCUCAGCAGGGGGAAAAAAGAAGUGUCCAGCGCUUCAAAGCAGACAUGGGCAUCAUCCAGCCACACCUCCAGCCCAUAAAAGUGGAGGGGUCUCUGGACUAGAAUGCAUCCCUUGGAUUCUGGGAUAGGCUCUGAUCGGAGCAUGUGUUUUCUGAAAACAACACGCACACCCUGCAUACGUCUGGGUGCAGAAAUUGUAGGGAGCAGCUUCAGCUGCUGGCAAACCUUCAGCCCUAGGAUUGAACCUGACCUUAAAGAGAAGUUCUGAGAGUGGCCUUUGUGAGACACAGCCACUGAAACUUCAUCCUCUAGUAGGUAUAUUGGGACAUGAUGAGGACUGCUGUCAUCUUUCUUUUCCAAAGGAGUUGACGCCAGGGAGCUACGUGAGACUGAACUAUGUGUUCUUGACUUGAUGGAGUGGAGUGGGGUUUCCAUGCUACUGAGUUUGGAUGACAGGGGAAUGGAGUGGUUUAAUAAUGAGACAUGAAUUCUCUUUUUACUGAGUGUUACAGUGCCCUGAAUAAAUGUGUUUUUCUUCUCUGGAA